UGCAUUGAACAACCGGAAGCGGCUGUAUUCAGUCUCAUUCAGUCGGCAGCUUCGUGGCAGCCCCUGGGAUCAUCAUCAUCAUCAGUGGAGGAAAUAGAAUGGCGCUGACCCUUACCUUCUCCAAUGGCAGCCCCCCACUGGCUAUCCAGUGGACCCUGCAACACCUGAAAGACAGAAUACAGAUCAACGUUGAAGAAGGAAAGGAGACAGUCCUUCGAGUAUCAACUGAUGUCUCUUUCACUGAUGUGAACUCCAUCAUUCGAUACUUGGCCAGGCUUGUACCAGAUGCUGGGUUGUUUGGCUCCAAUCAGAUGGAACAGACCGAGAUAAACCACUGGAUUGAGUUUAGCCGAACCAGACUGCAGGAAAAGUCCUCUUUUCUUGCAGGUCUUCGUGAUCUCAACCACAGCCUCUCACUCCGAACAUACCUGGUGGGGGACACGUUGACCUUGGCUGACAUCAGUGUGUUUUCAGCUUUGGAAGCAUCCAGUAACUGGCAAGCAGAACUGAAAAAUAAUAAAGCACCGGUAAACAUCAAACGCUGGUACGGCUUUCUGGAACACAGUCUGGUCUCCUCCGGGGGAAUAACUUUCACAGCAGUGCCUGAAAAGAAGAAAGAUGUCGGAAAAUUUGUCGAACUCCCAGGGGCAGAGAUCGGAAAGGUUGUUGUGAGAUUCCCUCCCGAGGCCAGUGGAUAUCUGCACAUUGGACAUGCUAAAGCAGCUCUUCUCAAUCAACACUACCAGGUCACCUUUAAAGGGAAACUUAUCAUGAGGUUUGAUGACACUAACCCUGAAAAAGAGAAGGAGGAUUUUGAGAAGGUUAUUUUAGAAGAUGUUUCCAUGCUCCAGAUCAAGCCAGACCAGUUCACAUACACCUCUGAUCACUUUGAAACCAUAACAAAAUACGCAGAAAAACUUAUUCAGGAAGGAAAGGCCUACGUGGAUGACACCCCCGCUGAACAAAUGAAAUCUGAACGAGAGCAGAGGCUAGAAUCCAAACACAGAAAUAACUCUGUAGAGAAGAACCAGCAUAUGUGGGAAGAAAUGAAGAAAGGUUCAGAGAUUGGUCAGACUUGCUGUUUACGAGCCAAAAUUGACAUGAACUCCAACAACGGCUGCAUGCGAGACCCCACGCUAUUCCGCUGCAAGACCCAGCCGCACCCAAGGACUGGGAGCAAGUACAAUAUAUAUCCCACGUACGACUUUGCGUGCCCCAUUGUAGACAGCGUGGAGGGCGUAACACAUGCUUUGAGAACCACAGAGUACCACGAUCGAGAUGAACAGUUUUACUGGAUCAUUGAUGCGUUGGGAAUCAGAAAGCCAUACAUCUGGGAGUACGCCCGGUUGAACCUUAAUAACACUGUCCUGUCAAAACGGAGGCUUACAUGGUUCGUCAAUGAAGGUCUUGUGGAUGGAUGGGAUGACCCCAGAUUCCCAACUGUACGUGGAGUUCUUAGAAGAGGAAUGACUGUAGAGGGACUGAAGCAAUUUAUUGCUGCACAGGGCUCUUCAAGGUCCGUUGUGAACAUGGAAUGGGACAAGAUUUGGUCUUUUAACAAAAAGCUGCGAGCUAUCUGUAAGAAGGUCAUUGAUCCUGUAGCGCCAAGAUACACCGCCUUGCUGAAGAGUGAAGUUGUACCCGUGAACAUCCCAGAAGCUAAGGAAGGAAAGACCGAAGUAGCCAAACAUCCCAAGAAUGCUGAAGUUGGUACAAAGCCUAUAUGGUAUGGCCCGAGAGUUCUGAUUGAGGGAGCUGAUGCAGAGACUUUCUCGGAGGGUGAGAUGGUCACCUUCAUUAACUGGGGCAAUAUCAACAUUGUCAAAAUUAACCGGGACUCAAGUGGGAAAAUCCUAUCCCUUGAUGCCAAAUUGAAUUUAGAAAACAAGGAUUACAAGAAAACCACAAAGAUCACGUGGCUGACUGAGACUUCUCAGGCUCCGUUCAUCCCAACUACUUGUGUGACCUAUGAACAUCUUAUUACCAAACCAGUGCUGGGGAAAGAGGAGGACUUUAAACAGUAUGUCAACAGAAACAGCAAGCUAGAAGAGCUGAUGUUGGGUGACCCCUGCUUAAAGACUCUACAGAAAGGAGAUAUUAUUCAACUGCAGAGACGAGGCUUCUACAUUUGUGAUGAGCCAUAUGAACCUAUCAGCCCAAACAGUUGCAAGGAGGCCCCAUGUGUGUUAAUUUAUAUCCCAGAUGGACACACCAAGGAGAUGCCAACAUCUGGCUCCAAGGAAAAAAAUAAGGAAACAAAGGAAAAAGCCAAAUCUGUGCCAGGAAAGAAAGAGAGUAAAUCUCAAGGUAAAGCAGUGGCAAAUGUGGCACCUCUCCAAUCACCCCCAGCAGCUGUGGAUCCCCUUGCUCUGUACAACAAGGUCUCCUCUCAGGGGGAUCUCGUACGAGAUCUCAAAACGAAGAAGGCCGACAAGACUGAGGUAGAUGUGGCCGUGAAGCUCCUUUUGUCCUUAAAAGCGGAAUACAAACAGGUCACAGGGCAGGACUAUAAACCAGGAAACGCACCAGCACAGAAUCCCACUCCCAGCAGCCCAGCACAGAAUCCCACUCCCAGCAGCCCAGCACAGAAUCCAACUCCCAGCACCCCAGCAAACGGUGGUGGGGAAGCCAAAUGCAUAUACGACAAAGUUUCAGAACAAGGGGAAGUAGUCCGAAAACUGAAGGCUGAGAAAGCAUCAAAGGAUCAGGUAGAUGCAGCUGUGAAGAUGCUUCUAACAUUAAAAGCAGAAUAUAAGCAAGUAACUGGCCACGAUUACAAACCAGGAAGCUCACCAGUCCCUUUCAAUACUAGCUCUCCACCUCCCACCAUUCAGAAGUGCCCCCAUGCUGCAGAUAUCACAUCUUUAUACAACAAAGUAGCAGAACAGGGAGAAACUGUCCGACAGCUUAAAUCCACGAAAGCAUCAAAGGAUGAAAUAGAGGCUGCAGUGAAAACACUUUUAAGCCUUAAAGCAGAGUACAAGAAAAUCACUGGCCAGGAAUAUAAGCCCGGCUGCCCUCCAUUACCCCAGCCUCAGUGUAAAUCCAUUGCAGGUUCUCCCUCCUCUAGUGACUCACGGCUCAAUUCAUCAGACCAUAAGAGUCUGUAUAACAAAGUAGCUGAACAAGGGGAGCUUGUCCGCAAGCUUAAAUCUGAGAAAGCUAGUAAGGAUAAAGUUGAAGAAGCUGUGAAGCUAUUGCUAUCUCUCAAAGCCCAGUACAAGGAGGCAACUGGAGUCGAAUACAAACCAGGGCAGCCCCCAGCUCCCACAAGCGCUGCUGUAAAUAAUCCACCAAAAACUCAGGCAAAUGGAUCAAAUACAUUAGAAGCAGAAGAACUCUUUAACAAGGUUUCUAAACAGGGAGACGAAGUCCGAAAACUGAAAACAGAGAAGGCACCAAAGGAUAAAGUUGAUGCCGCAGUAAAGCAACUUCUGGAUUUGAAGACCCAGUACAAAGCUCUUACUGGAACAGACUACAAGCCGGUAUCUGCUGCUGGUUCCGAGGACAAGAAGCAGAAAGAAAAGGAGAACAAGUCUGAGAAACAGGCCAAGCAACCAAAGCAGGGUGAGGGACAGAAGAAGAAGGAAUCCAACAAAGAACAAGGGAAUGGCUCAUCGGGCAGUGGAGCAGGCGAAGGACAAGGUCCGAAGAAACAAACCAGGCUAGGACUGGAGGCAAAAAAAGAAGAAAAUCUUGCAGACUGGUAUUCACAGGUGAUCACAAAAUCAGAGUUGAUUGAAUAUUAUGACGUCAGCGGCUGUUACAUCCUGCGCCCGUGGGCCUUUGCUAUUUGGGACGCCAUCAAAGAGUUCUUUGACCGUGAGAUUAAGAAGAUAGGGGUGGAGAACUGUUACUUUCCCAUGUUUGUAUCGCAGGCUGCCCUUGAAAGAGAAAAGACCCACAUCGCUGAUUUUGCCCCAGAGGUCGCUUGGGUUACGAGAUCUGGAAAGACUGAGCUGGCUGAGCCAAUUGCUGUACGGCCAACAAGUGAAACAGUAAUGUAUCCUGCUUAUGCAAAAUGGGUGCAGUCGCACAGAGACCUGCCAAUCAAACUUAACCAGUGGUGUAAUGUUGUGAGGUGGGAGUUUAAGCAUCCACAGCCGUUUCUCCGCACACGUGAAUUCCUUUGGCAAGAAGGACAUACAGCGUUUGCUACUUAUGAGGAAGCAGCAGAGGAGGUCUUGCAGAUACUGGAUUUCUAUGCCCGUGUCUAUGAAGAUCUCUUGGCUAUCCCUGUAGUAAGAGGAAAAAAGACAGAGAAAGAAAAAUUUGCAGGAGGUGAUUACACAACAACAGUGGAAGCAUUCAUAUCUGCUAGCGGCCGAGCCAUUCAGGGGGCAACUUCACAUCAUCUUGGCCAGAACUUUUCGAAAAUGUUUGAAAUUGUGUUUGAAGACCCCAAAACUCCUGGAGUUAAACAGUAUGCCUAUCAGAACUCUUGGGGUAUUACAACUAGGACAAUUGGAGUGAUGACCAUGAUCCAUGGAGACAAUAUGGGCCUGGUAUUACCACCUCGUGUAGCCUGUGUCCAGGUGAUCAUAAUACCAUGUGGAAUCACAAACACUCUCUCCGAGGAAGACCGAGAUGCCCUCAUAAAGAAAUGCAACGAGUAUCUGAAGCGCCUUUUAAAUGUGGACGUCCGGGCGAGAGCUGACCUCCGGGACAACUAUUCACCUGGCUGGAAGUUCAAUCAUUGGGAGCUCAAGGGAGUUCCAAUCAGACUAGAAGUAGGACCAAGAGACAUGAAAAACCACCAGUUUGUAGCCGUUCGACGUGACACUGGAGACAAACUCACAAUCCCAGAGGACCAGGCAGAAAAGAAGCUAAAGGACAUGUUAGAAGAUAUCCACUUUAGUCUGUACAACAGAGCGCUCAAUGAUCUAACGAGUCACAUGGUUGCAGCUGACACCAUGGAAGAAUUUCAGAAGCAAUUGGACUCAGGAAAAGUUGUGCAGAUUCCAUUCUGUGGGGAAAUUGACUGUGAAGAUUGGAUAAAGAAGACGACUGCAAGGGAGCAAGAUCUUGAACCUGGAGCACCUUCCAUGGGAGCAAAAAGCCUGUGUAUCCCCUUCAAACCCCUCAAGGAGCUGCAAGCUGGCACCAAGUGUGUCUGUAGCAAGAAUCCUGCCAAGUACUAUACGCUGUUUGGACGCAGUUACUAAUGGAAGAAAAGAACUUACCGUACCCAAUCUCCUGAGCGCUUUAUUUUUAAUAGGAAUUUAACAAAGGAAAAUAAAAAAAAAAGAUUUUAGGACCCAUGCUCUGUGUAGUUAAAUGUUUUACAUCACUGCACUUAUUUUUUUUGUGAAAACAUCCCAAAUAAAAGUUAAUAAGAGAACAAUAUCUCUGUGUA